CCUUUUGGCUAUCCAGAUUUCUGUAUUUGUAUUUGUUGUUGGGGCUCGGCCCAAUCAAUCAAUCAGAUAGUGGGUAUAUAGCUUUCUGCAUAUGGCUCACUCCACUUUUUUCUUGGCAAGUGCAAGAGCACAACUGAUAAGCUGCCGUCUGACUAAUUAUAUAUUUCACUGCCCCAAAGAGGAACUCUCACUUUUCAUGAUUACCCGCAUAUAUAUAUAUGAAUAUAUAUACAUAAGUACUUUUAUGAUAAGCCCAAGUGGGAACUACAAUUGCAGUGGGGGCCUGAUAAGAUUAACGAAAGGUGUGAGCCAUGUUUGCCAAUAUAUAAACGAUGUUCAACCCAAAAUCCGCACACAGAUUGUUUUUGUUUGUCGAAACCAACUAGCCACCAACAUGCCCACCUUUGAGGAGAUCGUCGAGAAGGCCAAGAACUUCAAGAACCUGCCCAGCAAGGAGGAGUUCCUCGAGUUCUACGGCUACUACAAGCAGGCCACCGUCGGCGACUGCAACAUCGAGGAGCCGGAGGAUGAGGAGAAGAAGGCCCGCUACAACGCCUGGAAGAGCAAGGCCGGUCUGACCGCCGAGGAUGCCAAGGCCUACUACAUCGAGGUCUACAAGAAGUACGCUCCCCAGUACGAAUAAGUGCCAUCCUAGUGCUAGACCCACUCCCUUGACCAGCUAACGAUGCUUACGUUGGAUAAUUGUUGUAACUCUGUAUUUAUUGUAAUUUUAUAAUAAACCAAACACGUAUGCAUUUAAACUGAA